AUGAUCGACGCUGAAAAUGUCACCGACGUGUUGAACACUGAUAUCCGGACACCUAUCCCAGAGUCAAUUGUCUCUAAGAUUAUUUCUUUGCCUCCUUUCGUGAUUGUGCCUGGCGCAUCAAACUUCCGGGAUUUGAGCCAUGACAACGAACUUCGUCCCGGAUAUGCCUACCGAUCGGGCAAUUUGUCAGAUAUUGAAGAGACAGGGAAGUCAGUCCUGGCGGAUGAUCUAGGCAUCACCACCAUAUUCGAUCUUCGAAAUCAAGGCGAGCGAGAACGGGCUCCCAGUCCCGAGAUCAAUGGUGUCGAGACCAUAUGGAUGCCCUACGGCGCCAGACCAGCCACACUAAACCUGCGAGAUUUCUCACAAGCAGAUCAGUCUGGGACUGGAUUUGUGAAAAUGUAUAUGGGCAUUUUGAGCGCAGCAUCGCCCAUAUUCACCGAAAUCUUCAGUCAUAUUAGAGAUGAACCCAACGACCCUUUUAUCUUCCAUUGUUCGGCUGGUAAAGACCGAACCGGAGUGCUUGCCGCUCUUAUCCUUCUCCUGAUCGGACGGCCCUACGAUGAAAUCAUCCAAGAUUAUCUCUAUACGCGCGUGGGACUGGAGAGUGUAAGGGAAAACUUGACGCACGCGCUAGCACUUCAUGCUGGCACCGAUCAUUUAAGCCCCGAGGCAGAAGGUAUGCUCGAGCUUAGUGGCGUUCGCGCUUCCGCUAUGGAGGCGUUCCUUAAGACCUUCGAGGCCACUUACGACGGCGGCGUCGAAGUAUAUUUGAACACCCAGCUCGGCUUCUCUCCCGAGGAUAUUGGGUUGAUGCGCAAAAACCUGACGAGUUUUUAA